AUGAAAGCCGAGUUGGCACUAGUAAGAGAACGAAUUGCUUGGACUCGUAGACAGCUAUGCAGAGUGGAUGAACGUAUUUUAUCUUUGAAUGAAGAAUUGUGGAUGACUUUAAAUGAAGAACAUUAUGCGACAGCUAAAAGAAUGAUCUCUGCGUCUUCUACGAAAACUUUCAACAAAGCACGUUCCACUCAGAUUGCCAAAUUCACAAAAUUGACGUCCUUUGGUCGGACGCAUCGCAGACAAGAAGAUUUGGCCAGUCAUCCACUACAACGCACCGUUAUCAAUAUGAGUGCUAGAAGACUUACGCCGGUUGAAGAAGAUGUCUUGGCUCUUGGUUUAAAUUUCGCUGUGGUACCCCGUGUUCUUCCUAAAGAAGAAUUCGUACAACGUUUGGAACCGAAGUUAUACCACAUGACGAACGAUGAAGCUAGUAACAUCCGCGUCCAAAUCACCGAGGUUCUACGACGUGCAACGCUUCCAGCUUCGAAUUUAACCAAGAAUAAGAAGGAUGCUUUGAAAAACUUAAGAGCAGAUAAGUCAAUACAUAUUUUAAAGGCUGAUAAGGGUAACGCUACGGUUAUUUUAGAUCGUCUAGAAUAUGAUAAUAAAAUCCUGGCUCUUUUAAACACUUCAACUUAUAAAGAGCUUAAAAGAGACCCUACAGCUAACAUUGAACGUAAAAUAUGUUCCAAACUAUCUGGUUUUAAAAAGGCAG